UCGUGAGGUCAGUCCACCAACCGUGUUAAAGGAAUCCCCAAUCCAUCUGAAGACACAAGAGAUUGGACCUUUGUUAAACUUCACCCCUUUUGAUCUACCAAGGCAACGAAAGGUAGAGUGCUACUCAAACCACUUCAUGACUUCAGAACGGGAACAGAUCAUGAGAAAAGAAUCUCGCCUUCCGAAUCCUGCUUGGCCGUCCGUUUCGCCAAAAGACCACCAACAGGUCUUACCAUACACUAGCCAUAUAAAUAACACGUGUAAACCAGUUUCAGGGUCCCUAAGUUCAAGCGACUUCACCCCCUCUAGUAGGCUAGGAAUAAAUUAUGGCAGUCAGACUGGUAUUGAUUAUCCAACCGCUGGUCCCGACUACUUCCGUAGUCAAUCCGUUGGAUUGUUUCCGCACUUGGAUCUUGCAUAUGGCAAGAGUAAAACAAUGAAUGACAGUAAUACAACUGAUUUGAAUGUCCCCUCUCAGAGACCUAGAUCGGUGCAAGGUCUUGGUAUCCAUUCUCUACAUUCCUCGACGAGACCAGACGCUGGACUUGACAAAGCGACUUCCGAAUUUCACAUCAACCUAGACUUUCUAGACGGUGAUGACGAUGACCUAUCGAGCGUUGGAUCAGUGCAGAAUCUCAGCGUUCGAUCCCGACAUCCCUCGACGAGACUAGAUGCUGGACGUGACAAAGCGACUUCCGAAUUUCAUAUCAACCUAGACUUUCUUGACGAUGAUGACGAUGACCAAUCGAGCACUGGAUUAGUGCACGAUCUCAGCGUUCGAUCCCGACAUUCCUUGGCGUAACCAAAUACUGAACACACCAAACCGACAUCCGAAUGUCAUAUCAACCUUGACUUUCUUGACGAUUCUGAUGACGAUGACUGUAUGAGCUACCGACACACGACAAGUCCACAACAAAUGUACGCACUAGAAGAUUGUGAUAGCCCAGACAUUGUGUAUAGAGAGCCACGCCCUUGCAUGGUCACGUACACUAGAAUUGGUGAAUCAGGAGACACGUGCACAUGCUCAGCCCCACA